AAAACCUUUUUUGUUUUCUUUUGUUCCAUUUAAAAAGCACCUGCAAUCCAAUCAAAAGUUCUUAAAAUGUUUGAAAAUAAAAUCUUUAAAAAAAUCAAGUAUGAAACAAAAAACACAGAAGAAAUGUCAAAAAUCAACCAUUUCUAAAAAACAUAGCGAACAAUGUCCUCUGAAAACAAUUAUCUACAACCUGUAAAUAAUCAUUUUAACGAUGACAAUGACGACGACGUAGACGAUGAUGCAUUCCUGGCAAAUUCUCGAACACAACACAAUCCAAAAAAGAGUACAAACCCAUUCGUAGACGAUGUACAACAAGUUUAUGAACAAAAACGCAAAGAAAUCGAAGAACGUACUUUGCAAUCAUCGAAUAGGAGCUUAGGUCUUUUGUGUGAAACUGAGGAAGUCGGCAAGGCUACCGCUUCAGAACUUGCGAAACAACGCGAACAGCUGGAGAAGACCUCCCGGCAGAUAGAGGAAAUCAACUCGACCCUUCGAUUCAGUCAGCGUCAUUUAAAUGGCCUCAAGAGUGUCUUUGGUGGCCUUAAAAACUAUCUUUCUGGCAAUCGUGAUAACAUGAGUCCUCGCACUGCAUCCUCGCCAAGUGGAAGCGCCUUAGGCGAAGACUUACCUUCGUCCUCGGCACCAGUGUCUCCCGAUGAAGUCUUCGAGAACCAUCCCGUCAAUAGAAUUCGGUCUGACAACAUCCAAGGGCAACAGAGAUACGUGGAACAGAAAGGAGAAUUUGAUACGGCUCUCCAAUCAAAUCUCGAAAACAUGUGUGACAGUUUGUCCCGUCUCAAAGGUCUGGCCACCGAUAUGAGGGGAGAAAUCGAAUCGCAAAACGAUUUGCUGGACAAUAUGAAUUACAGAAUAGAAGAUGUCGAUUUGAAAAUAGGAAAACAGACCAAUGCCAUGAAUAAGUUGUUGGGGAAGAAGUAAAAACAAAUAAUUUUCUGUAAAAAUCAUUAUUUUGUUUCACUUUCAAAUGUCGCAUCUUAAGUUUUUCACUAUUUGCGUUUGGUGUAUUUUUUGUUUGCAAGUAUUGUUAGUUAAAUAAGUAAAUUAACUUUUGUUCCCAAUCGCACUUAAUAUUAUUUUUGUUUUGUUCUCAAACAAAAUGUUCACUUUUUUCUAUACAUACUCAAAGACAUAAGAUACGAAUAUAGUUAGUCGCAUUGUAAAGGACAUUUUUUCAUAAAACUUUAAUCAUACCUAAUUAGAUAAAGUACCGCAACUAAGAAAAUUGCAAUAAAAUGUUUGAUAACUUAUACAAAAAAAAAAA